AUGCGAAAAACACAAGCAUGCAUUCUUAUAUCAAUAUGUAUCUUCUUGUACCAAGCAUAUGCAAAAAGGUCGGGCUCGAGAAAAAGAGAUAGGGACCUCGAAGACCUAAUCAAGAACGGCGAGGAAAAAGUAGGAAUCCUGGUCGGCUCGUUUGUCGGGGACUUUUUCCUAGCGGUGAAGGGCGGAAAGCUUGUUGGCGUGAAGGACUUUAAGAAGGCAAACCUUUUUGACAUAGACCUCCCAACGAAGGAGAGCCCAGACAAGGAGGUAAAGCUUGAGGUGUGGGUGAAGGGAAAGAAGUUUGUAAUCACGUACAACUCCGUGGGGGAAGACAUAAACAUCGAAAUCCCGAUGGAGGCAGACGCGGACGCAAAGUCCAACCUCACGAUUAUUAGAAAUGUAAUAGCGGAGAACGCCCGCAAGGCAGCCUUUGAGGUUAUGUCGUCGCAGAGAAAGAGGUGCUUCUCCAUCGACCCAAACACAACCGAGGUCACCUUGCAGGAGUGUGCCAACGGGUCCAACGACAUGCAGACGUUUAGGUUCCUCUCGUUCAAAGAGGCAAUCAAAAACGAGGCAAACAAGCGCGGGGGAAGCGCCUUCAGCAUGGGCGAGUACACAUCGAACACCCGCGUUCCUGCCAAUAGCAUAUUUGUCGCAGACAAGUCUGGGGUUCUCUACAACCAGUAG